AUGGUUAAAACCAAAAAUCAAAAAUCCAAACCUAAUAGACAAGCGAAGCAAUCACAUAGUAAAAAACGUGGAAAGGAAAAUGAUAUAUCUCAAUUUCGGGCUCAGCUAGAUGUCUUGGGGUUGAAAAUCAUUCAAGUGACUGCCGAUGGUAAUUGUUUCUUCAGGGCAUUGGCUGAUCAACUGGAAGGCGACGAGGAUGAAUACAAUAAGUACCGGGGUAUGGUAGUCGAAUUUAUCAGGAAUAAUCGGGAAAGGUUUGAGCCCUUUAUUGAAGAUGAAGUGCCAUUUGAUGAAUAUUGCAAGUCCAUGGGCGAGGAUGGCACUUGGGCAGGACAUAUGGAACUGCAAGCUGCUUCUCUUGUCACUCAUACUAACAUAUGCAUUCACAGACACAUGUCACCUCGCUGGUACAUACAAAAUUUUGAUAAACGUGAAGCUCGGAUGAUUCAUCUUUCUUAUCAUGACGGAGAGCAUUACAAUAGUGUUCGAUCUAAGGAUGACACUUGCUCUGGACCAGCUAGGCCAUUUGUUAUCAAGGCUGAUUCAGAUCUUUCGGUCAUGGCUAAUCAAGCAAAAGUAGCUGCCACAAAGUCUCAAAGGGAAGCUGGCACGAAAACUAUUCAGGAAGAAUCUAUCAAAAUAAUAAAGGCUGGAAGUGGAUGUGAAGAUGCCAGACAGAUCGAACAGGUUUUGCUACAUGUGGGUGGUGAUGUUGACACUGCAAUAGAAUUUCUUAUAGCAGAACAAGGACCUGAUGAUCACAUAGUUGGCAAUGACAAAAUUUCUUGUCCGGUAGAAAGCUCUUAUGCUGACCAUCCGGAUGAGGACUGUGAACAGAACAAAUUAAAAAUUGAAGACUCGGAAUGCAAACAGUUUUUACCUUGCAAUGAUAUGGAAGAAGAGAACAGCUCUCAACAUGAUGAUAAGAAAGUUCCAAGAAACAAGUCAUGCCCAUGUGGUUCGAAAAAGAAAUACAAAUCUUGUUGUGGAACAGUUUCUGCUAAAUCUUCUGCGAGAAUUGCAGUAAACCGACCAGUUGAGCAAGGCAAGAGCCGAAAAGACAGAAAGCAAUUUAAAAAAGGUUUAUCAUUAACUGAUAUGCACGGGUUUGCAAUUUAA